AUGCUACUCUGGCACCUCCUCCUCUUCAGCCUAACGGCCCUCUCCAAACCCCUCCAAGACAUCGUAACAUGGGACAACAAUGCCAUUUCCGUCCGCGGGGAGCGCAUCCUCUUCUUCUCGGGAGAGUUUCAUCCCUUCCGUCUUCCCUCCCCGGGACUAUGGCUUGAUGUAUUCCAGAAGAUUCGCGCGAUGGGAUACUCGGGCGUUUCGUUUUACGUGUACUGGGCUUUACUGGAAGGCGAGCCGGGCCAUGUCCGAUCAGACGGUGUCUUUGCGCUAGAUGAGUUCUUCGCCGCGGCGAGCGAGGCGGGGAUAUAUCUCCUUGCGAGACCGGGUCCGUAUAUCAACUCCGAAGUGAGUGGCGGUGGGUUUCCCGGGUGGGUACAGCGGAUCCCGGGGGAUGUGAGGACGAUGACUCCUGCGUUUCUGAACGCGACGGAGAAGUAUGCUGCCACGAUUGGGGAGGUGGUUCGCAAAGCUCAGAUCACUGAAGGCGGCCCUGUUAUCCUGUUUCAGCCGGAGAAUGAGUAUUCGGUUUGUCAGGGGGCGAAGUCGGAGGAACCGGGUGAACUCAACUUCUGUCUCGAUGGGGAGUACAUGGCAUACGUGGAGAAGCAGUUCCGUGAUGCUGGGAUUGUGGUGCCGUUCAUUAACAAUGAUGCGGAGGUGCUGGGGAAUUGGGCGCCAGGGAGUGGUGCUGGCGCUGUUGAUCUCUACAGUUUUGAUGAUUAUCCGUUUGGAUGGGGAGAUGGAUGCGCCAAUCCUGCCAACUGGACUCGCAUCACCGAUCCUCUCACGCAGUACAACUACACGAUGCUGAAUAAUAUCAGCUCUACAUCUCCUUUCGGCAUCACAGAGUAUCAAGGCGGUGCGCCUGAUCCAUGGGGCGGAGUAGGCGUCAACACCUGCGCAGAAAUGGUCAGCGACAUCUUCGCUCGUGUGUUCUACAAGAUGAACUACAGUUUCCGCAUUACCAUUUUCAACCUCUACAUGAUGUUCGGCGGCACAAACUGGGGCAACAUCGGCUACUCAUCCGGCUACACAUCCUACGACGUCGGGGCAGCCAUAACAGAAGACCGACGACUCGAUAGAGAGCGGUACAGCGAGUUGAAACUGCAGGCGAACUUUCUGCAGGUUUCCCCGGCAUAUAUCACUUCCACCCCGUUGGAUGCUACCAUAGGGGGCUAUGUGAAUACGAGUGCGUUGACGACGACGCGGUUAAAGGACACGCAGACGAGUUUCUAUGUUGUUCGUCAUACGGAUUAUACAGUCCUGCAGUCGACAGCGUAUACAUGGUCUGUUAAUACGAGUAUUGGAAAUAUCACUGUUCCUCAACUGGGUGGAUCGUUGAGGUUGAAUGGCCGGGACUCGAAAAUCCACGUUACCGAUUAUGAUGUUGGAGGGGUUAAUCUGAUCUAUUCGUCGGCUGAGGUAUUCACCUGGAAGAAGUCCGGCAGUAGAUCUGUUCUAUUGUUAUAUGGAGGCGAAGAUGAAACACACGAACUCGCCAUACAUUCUACAUCAAGCCACACAAUCGAAGGCGACGGAGUCAAUGUGAAGCAGAAGAACGGAUCAACCUUCGUACAAUGGGAUGUUGAACCGUCGCGUCGCGCUGUCCACUUUGACGAUCUGUCUGUUUACCUCCUUUGGAGAAAUGAUGCAUAUAACCACUGGGUGAUGGAUCUUCCUGCGCCUGAACCGUUGGGACUGCAUGUUUCACCAUCAAGAGUGAAUUCAUCUGUUAUUGUCAAAGGGGGCUAUCUUCUUCGAAAUGCAUCGAUUACCGGAGAUUCUCUCAAUCUGAUCGGCGAUAUCAACGCUACGACCACGAUUGAAGUUCUAUUCAGUCCGAAGAACUGCUCAACUCUCAUAUUCAACGGGAAAAAGGUCAACACUACUAGAUCGAAUGGUCGACUCCAUGGUGUGGUGGAGUAUACAAAACCAAAGAUAACUCUCCCCGAUCUCAGCACCGCAGAAUGGAAAUACACAGACUCACUCCCGGAGAUACAGUCAGGCUACGAUGACAGCAAGUGGAUAAACUGCAACAAAACCACCUCCAACAACGGGCGGAACCUCACCACCCCUGUUUCUCUGUAUAGCAGCGACUACGGCUACCACUCCGGCUCAAUUCUCUAUCGAGGUCAUUUCACAGCAACUGGAAGCGAAGACUCGCUUUAUCUCUCUACACAAGGCGGCUUCGCAUACGGCCAUUCUGUCUGGUUAAACUCAACAUUCCUUGGUUCUUGGGCUGGCAGUCCUGGUGUACAGAACUAUAACCAGACUCUGUCUGUUUCUGAUCUCAAGAAUGGGGAAGAGUAUAUCCUCACUGUCCUUGUGGAUAAUCUCGGCUAUGACCUUAACUUCCGGCUCAACGUUAACACUAUGAAAUCGCCACGCGGCAUAAUGGACUACAAUCUGUCUGGCCAUGAAAAGAAUGAUAUACGCUGGAAGAUAACCGGAAACCUAGGCGGAGAGCAAUAUCUCGAUCACAGUCGAGGACCACUGAAUGAGGGCUCCCUCUUUGCGGAAAGACAAGGCUUCCAUCUGCCUGGUGGACUCAAUGACAAGUGGGAGAAGAAAUCACUGAAAGAUGGCCUUUCAACUGCUGGAGUAGGAUUCUUCGCGACAGAGUUUGAAUUGCAGUAUCCAGAUGGAUAUGACAUUCCGACUAGUUUGGUGUUUACUAACAGUACUGCAGUAGAUAGAUAUACAGCAGGGGAGUUCCGGAUCCAGUUCUUUGUAAAUGGAUGGCAGUUUGGGAAAUACAUCAACAAUAUCGGUCCACAGACAGAGUAUCCCAUUCCGGAGGGAAUAUUAAAUCACCAUGGAACGAACUAUCUCGCUCUAACUCUAUGGGCAUUGGAUGGGAAGGGAGCAAAGCUAGAUGGAAUUCAGCUGAAGAAUAGCGCUAUCAUUCAGAGUGGAUAUAAGAAACCGGAGAUAGUGGUUGGAUCGGAAUACACCGCGCGGGUAUAUUCAUAUUGA